CACGUGUCUUUGCAGCGACGCGUCUUUGCAGUUCUUCGUUGGUCUGCCUCAUAUUUUGGAUGUGACUUUCGUUGAAUCGCAUUUCUUCCACAGCCACGGUUUUGGAAUCUAGCACAUCAUGUCUCUGGAAGUGGAAUCUGCAGACGUCAUACGUCUGAUAAUGCAGUACCUGAAGGAGAACAACCUGCACCGCACCCUGGCCACCCUGCAGGAGGAGACGACGGUGUCCCUCAACACGGUGGACAGCAUCGAGAGCUUCGUGGCCGACAUCAACAGCGGCCACUGGGACACCGUGCUGCAGGCCAUCCAGUCUCUCAAGCUGCCCGACAAGACGCUCAUCGACCUCUACGAGCAGGUGGUUCUGGAGCUGAUCGAGCUGCGAGAACUGGGGGCGGCCCGGUCCCUCCUGAGGCAGACGGACCCCAUGAUCAUGCUGAAGCAGACCCAGCCCGAGAGGUACAUCCACCUGGAGAACCUGCUGGCCCGCUCCUACUUCGACCCGCGGGAGGCCUACCCAGACGGCAGCAGUAAGGAGAAGCGGAGGGCAGCCAUCGCCCAGGCCCUGGCGGGUGAGGUCAGCGUGGUCCCGCCCUCUCGCCUCAUGGCUCUGCUGGGACAGUCUUUGAAGUGGCAGCAGCACCAGGGCCUGCUCCCCCCCGGCAUGACCAUCGACCUGUUCCGGGGCAAGGCGGCCGUCAAGGACGUGGAGGAAGAGCGCUUCCCCACCCAGCUCACCAGGCACAUCAAGUUCGGUCAGAAGUCCCACGUCGAGUGCGCCCGAUUCUCCCCCGACGGUCAGUACCUGGUCACCGGCUCGGUGGACGGCUUCAUUGAGGUGUGGAACUUCACGACGGGGAAAAUCCGAAAGGAUCUGAAGUACCAGGCGCAGGAUAACUUCAUGAUGAUGGACGACGCGGUGCUGUGCAUGGCCUUCAGCCGCGACACGGAGAUGCUGGCCACGGGCGCCCAGGACGGGAAGAUAAAGGUGUGGAAGAUCCAGAGCGGCCAGUGCCUGCGCAGGUUCGAGCGCGCUCACAGCAAGGGCGUCACCUGCCUCAGCUUCUGCAAGGACAGCAGCCAGCUGCUCAGCGCCUCCUUCGACCAGACCAUCAGAAUCCACGGGCUGAAGUCGGGCAAGACGCUGAAGGAGUUCCGCGGCCACUCCUCCUUUGUCAACGAGGCCACGUUCACGCAGGACGGCCAUUACAUCAUCAGCGCGUCCUCCGACGGCACGGUCAAGAUCUGGAACAUGAAGACGACCGAGUGCUCCAACACCUUCAAGUCCCUGGGCACGUCGGCCGGCACCGACAUCACCGUCAACAACGUGAUCCUGCUGCCCAAGAACCCGGAGCACUUUGUGGUGUGCAACCGCUCCAACACCGUGGUCAUCAUGAACAUGCAGGGCCAGAUUGUGAGGAGCUUCAGCUCUGGUAAGAGGGAGGGGGGAGACUUUGUGUGCUGCACGCUGUCUCCCCGCGGAGAGUGGAUCUACUGCGUGGGGGAGGACUUUGUGCUCUACUGCUUCAGCACGGUCACGGGCAAGCUGGAGAGAACCCUGACGGUCCACGAGAAGGACGUGAUCGGCAUCGCCCACCACCCGCACCAGAACCUGAUCGGCACCUACAGCGAAGACGGCCUGCUCAAACUCUGGAAGCCUUAAGCCCCGCCCUCUCCUGCCGCUUGGCACACAGACUCUUUCCUUUUUUUUUCCCCCCAUUGGGCGAAUGGGGUGAGGAGGGGAGGG